UAAUACAAUAAACAAGUUAGUGACGUGGCAAAAUCGUAGCCAUUAUGUUGUCUAUAAAUAUGUACACGUGUCAACUAUAGAAUCGAUCAUCGCUAUUAAAACCCGCCAAAACUAACUCCAUAGUCAUCUCAAGCUAUUUCCCGCCAUGUGGGUUUUGGCUUCUAAAACCCUAUCUUCUGUUCCAUUUCCAUUUCUCUACAACCCAAUCCCAAAUCGCCAUAGCUCCAGCUCAAAGCUUAAGCUUAAUUCGAGCGUGAAAUUCGAGUAUGAGACCGAAAGGGGUCUGGAUUUCGAGACUGGAGAGUCGUUUUUUCGCCACGAGAGUGCCACGGGCCGGGACCUCGGUGUGCUCGCGGCAGCGUUGUAUAAGAAAUCCAAGGCCAGACUACGAAUACUCGACGGGUUAUGCGGUUGCGGGAUUAGGUCGCUUCGGUACCUCGUCGAAGCCGAGGCCGAUUUCGUUUUGGCCAACGACGCGAACGAUGAUUGUAGGGAUGUUAUUUGCAGGAACUUGUCGAAGGUGCCAAGAGGCUCCGACGAUGAGCCUAGGUGGACGGUGACGCAUACCGAUGCGAACCGAGUCAUGACGGAGUGUUAUCUGCAAAGGGAAUUCUUUGAUUUGAUUGAUAUUGAUUCGUUUGGGAGUGAUUCUUCUUUCUUGAGGCCAGCCAUUAAUGCUUUGAGAUUUGAUGGGUUGCUUUACCUUACUUCGACUGAUGGUUACUCUUCAGGUGGUCACCGGCCUCAUCAUUCAUUAGCUGCAUAUGGAGCUUAUGUUCGCCCCCUGCCAUAUUCGAAUGAGAUUGGAUUGAGAAUGCUUAUAGGUGGAGCUGUUAGGGAAGCAUCUGUAUUGGGUCUUCGUGUUGUUCCACUUUUUUCAUAUUAUUCAUACCAUGGACCUGUUUUCAGAGUCAUGCUUCGAGUAAAUCGUGGGAAACUUUCUGACAACAGUCAUUAUAGUUUCGUUAGCUACUGUCACCAAUGUGGAAACUCUCAAACAUUUUCAUGGGAUGAACUCGGUCAGAUUAGUUGCUCCUGUGGCAAUUCAAAGUCCGUUGUCAUCUCGGGGCCGCUUUGGACAGGACCUCUUCACGACGCCUCCUAUCUUACAGAAAUGUUAAAUUUGGCUAAGGAAUGGGGAUGGGCAAGUGGAGACACAGAAACAGCUCUCGAGAAACUUUUGAAACAAAUGAUGGAUGAAAGUGAUCCCCGAUUACCAUUUGGUUACAUCAAGUUGGAUGAGAUUGCAAGCCGUGCCAAAGUAAAUUCUCCACCCUUAAGAACCAUGAUGGACGCCAUACAGAAGGAGGGUUAUGCUGUUAGUAGGUCACACAUUAUCUCAAACGCAAUAAAGACCAAUUGUCCCAUGGCAGAAUGCAUAAGAAUUGCCAAGGAAUUACAGCCACGUGCCUAUGCUGAAGUUUUGUAACACGUUAGACAAUGCUGCCGGUGAAUGUUGUUGCCCAAUUUUUUUUUUCUUUUUGGAAAGAAACUCGUUCAGAAUGUUGUUGUCCAAUUGGUUGACAUUCACGUUAAAUUGGAAUUGGAAUUGGAAUCGGAAUCAAAAUAAUAUGGAAGAAAUAAAUCUAGGGGUGUUCAUAAAAUAUACUAUCCAAUCCUAUUUGCACGAUCCAAUCCAAUUCAAUUUGCAAAAUACGGAUAUCUGUACUUGUGCGGAUUGGAUCAGAAUGAAAAUUUAAAAUUCAUAUUUGUGGGAAUUGAAUGUUGAUUUAUUUAUAAAAGUAAUCUAUUUAAUUCAA